UUCUAUGAGAGCUUGCAGCUUAUUCAAGAACGGAAGUUACAAUUGCCAUCAAUUCAUGCUGUUGUUGUAGGGAGUGACAUGACUAGUCAUAGCAAAUUUGAGACAGAGCUUAGGAACUUCGUUAUAUCAAAGAAGAUCGAAAAGUAUGUUCAUUUUGUCAAUAAGACACUGACAGUAGCUCCAUAUCUUGCUGCAAUUGACGUUCUUGUUCAGAAUUCUCAGGCACGGGGUGAAUGCUUUGGUCGGAUUACUAUCGAGGCCAUGGCAUUUCAGCUGCCCGUGUUGGGAACUGCAGCUGGUGGCACCCGAGAAAUUGUAAUAGAUGGAACGACUGGUCUGCUACAUCCUGUGGGGAAAGAAGGGAUAAUGCCCCUUGCAAAAAACAUUGUUAAAUUAGCCACUCACGUUGAGAGGAGGCUUACAAUGGGUAAAAAAGGGUAUGAGAGGGUGAAAGAGGUAUUUCUGGAGCGUCACAUGGAAGAAAGAAUUGCUGCAGUUUUAAAGGACGUGUUGCAAAAAGCAAAGGAACACCAAAAGACAUGAAAUUUUAUUACUGUUGGCUAGCAUAAAGCCUCUAUUCUCAGUUGGAGCUGCAUUUGUAGAUGAGACGUGGAAAUUUAUAAGCUGUGAGUAGGUGGUCAACAACAACAGGAAAUGAAAUACCAUAGAUAAAAUGUUCAGCCGUCUCUUGCUUAUAUAUUUUGUGAGUGAAAAAAAAACGACUUUCUCAUCCUUGAUGUUGUCAAUGUGGUCUCAGAAGGACUAAUGCUGCUAUUCAUUCACCAUAAUUCUACUUCUUUUUGUUUUUUCGGUAGGAUAGUAUAUAGUCUGGGAGGAAAUAGUAUGAUUUUAUGGACGUCUUAGUAAAGGCCUUUGCAUCAUUGUGUUCUGGACCUGUAUUUCCUGUAAGUAGAGAGUGGGGUUUCCUUUUUGGGUCAA